AUGAAUAACAGUCUGCUGAUUGAAGUUUUUGCUCGUAUUUUAUUCAGCUUCACCCACGGCGUGACAGAGCAUUACGACCCUGAUGAGCCUGAAGCGGAGACCUUUGGAUAUAACGAUAGCUUGAGCGGUGAGGGUCGAAAGUGGAAUUGUUAUCCCGUUGAUAAACCCAUUUGUCAGGAAUAUUCACCACCAUCGGACGACUAUUAUGAUCUCUUGUCAGUUGGUAAUCCUCGAGUUAGAAAUCUGGUCAUCGGCGCGAGCUCACCAGAUGAAGAUGGAGACGAUCGGCAAAAUGAAGAUGACGACAUGGCUUGGAAGCGAUUCAGACCAUCCGUUCUUUGUACAGUUUGUCUAUCAAUGUACAUCGGCGCAUUAAUUUCACUUUUAACACCUGCCAUCAUUAGCCUUUUUUACGUCACGAUGGCUUACGUCUCCUACGAAACGACACACAACUGCCAAUUUCACCCGGCGGAGACAAUCCUGGUCAAAAUACAGUGGAUCAGAACACUGUCUGACGUGAUAGGUGUUGCAUUUAAUAACAAAGUCAUGUCUCAAGAUAAAUUGCGUGAACCUGGCCAUUUUCCACCUAGUUUGAGCUCUUAUCUAUCAGAUCCAGCUCCUUGGGGAAGUUUUCGCACUCCUCGCCGCGAGAGACUAAUGGCUGAUAUUGUCAUUAUAAGUAUGUUGUAUGAGUCAAUCGGCCUCGUGUCUGUUAAUGGCGUUUUCUUCUUGUAUCAACUUAUUUACGUGGAAAACGAAUCCUUUGCAAAUUUGCUUAUAUCGUUCGCCAUCCAAACAUCGAUUUUACUGGUGAUUGAGUGGUUUUUCACUAGCGUAUCUCUUGCGAUAGAAACUCACUAUCAGAACAUGGCCGUCAUGGCUGUUUGGCGAAAAAGAUGGAAAAGACAUGUACUUGUAGCAAUUGUUAAUGCAGUUCCCUUAGCAUUGUGGUCCAGCGGGUGUGUCCUAGAAAUUUUACACGGGUGGUUUAGUGAAACUAACCAUCCUUGCAAAAUGCCGUUUUCUUGA